CGAGAGUUUUGGGACGGGGAAUUGGAGCGAGAGGGUUUCGAAUAAAGAAAUAAAAGGAUAAGGAAAAAGAGAAAGAAAUGAGAGAAACCGCUGGCGGUAGAACCAGGGUUACGACGACCAAGGGAGGCUUGAGAGAAGAGGCCUAAAUUUAAAAUACAAAAUGGAGAGGAAGCGAAAAGGGAUUGAGGAGGGCAUCAAUGGCAGAAGCAACACCACCAAUGCCAGCGUGGAAGAGCUUGAAGAGGACAGAAAGGUCGCUGACUAAUAUUUCGGGGUUGAAAGUUGAGAGGAAAGGAAUUAGAAUUAAAAAAAAGGUAUUAGGGUAAUGGAAGUGGGAUGCCUAGAAUAUGGCAGCCAAUUAAACCAAGAUUUUUGGAGGAAAUAAAAGAAAAGAAGAGGAAAAAAGAAUAUAGAAAAAUAAUAAAAUGACAAAAAUUUUUGAUAAUAUUAAAUUAAAUAAAAAGUUUUUUUACAAAGAUUGGUGCGAAAAGAUUUUUUUACAGCCCACUUUUUUUUUUUUACAUUUUAUUAAUAACGAGUGAAAUAGAAUACAGAGAGAGAAAGAGAUUGAAAGCAGAAACAGCAGGAACCAUGGCUUCAAUGGCACUAAACUCCCCAAGCGCGAACCAUUUUGUUAACGAUGGCUACGCUUCUUUCAGUAGAGUUAGGUUGUGUUCCUUCUCGUUCGAAUCGAGCUUGUACGGCUGCAAAAUCCCUAAGAGACAGCUUUCACUGUCUGUCAACGAGACCAGAACAACCCGACCCAAACCCGCAUGUUAUUCGGGUUCAGAACCGGUGAAGGCAUCUUCCCAUUCUUUCGACGUCGUGAUCGUCGGAGCGGGAAUCAUCGGGUUGACAAUCGCUCGACAGUUUCUAAUCGGGUCGGAUCUAUCCGUUGCAGUCGUUGACAAGGCCAUACCUUGCUCCGGCGCCACUGGUGCAGGACAGGGGUACAUAUGGAUGGUACACAAAAAUCCUGGAAGCCAGACAUGGGAACUUACCAAAAGAAGUCACCAACUGUGGAAACGGCUGGCUGAGACAAUACGUGAUCAAGGCAUGGAUCCUCUUCAAGUAUUGGGUUGGAAAAGGACAGGAAGCUUGUUAGUUGGUAGAACUCCUGGGGAUUCAAUGAUGUUAAGAGAGAGGGUGAGGCAGCUAUCUGAAGCUGGGUUAACAGCAGAGUAUUUGUCCAGCAAUGAAUUGCUCUCCGUGGAACCUGCUCUUUUGGUUGGGAGUGAUGGUGGGGCUGCUUUUGUACCUGGUGAUUGCCAGUUGGAUGCUCUUCGUACUGUUGCAUAUAUCGAAAAGGUUAACAGAUCUUUUACACUGGAAGGUAGAUAUGCAGAGUUCUAUCAUGAGCCAGUUACAGGUUUAGAAAGAUCUACUAGUAGUGGGAAGGUUGAAGCUAUUCGGACUUCCAAUAAUACCCUGUAUGGUAAGGCCGUUGUAGUUGCAGCCGGUUGUUGGAGCCGGUCUCUGAUGCAUGACCUGUUCGGAGGCUCAAAUGUUAAAUUGGACGUCCUUGUAAAGCCUCGGAAGGGUCACCUUCUUGUGCUUGAGAACUUUAAUUCCCUUCAACUGAAUCAUGGUUUGAUGGAGGUUGGUUAUGUAGAUUAUGAAAAUGCAAUUUUACCUUCAGGGCUGAAUGAUCAGAGCCAAACCCUGUCUGUUUCAAUGACGGCCACAAUGGACACAAUGGGUAAUCUUAUUCUAGGGAGCAGCCGUCAGUUUGCUGGGUUCAGCACUGAGGUCGAAGAUUCCAUCAUUCUUCAUAUAUGGAAACGGGCUGGAGACUUCAUUCCCAAAUUAAAAGAACUUUCCCUCAAAAAUUUCAUGAAGAACAGAAAAGUGAGAGUAGGGCUACGCCCUUACAUGCCUGAUGGGAAACCAGUGAUUGGACAUGUGCCUGGUUUAUCAAACAUGUUUCUUGCAACUGGGCAUGAAGGAGGAGGGCUUUCUAUGGCCUUAGGAACUGCAGAAAUGGUUGUUGAUAUGGUAUUGGGCAAUCCCCCACAUGUUGAUAAUUCACCCUUUGCUGCUCAAGGUCGAUGUUGUUAGAACAAUGUUCCAAAGAACAUCGGAUAAAUAUUAAUGGACAGAUCUAGUUGAGCAAAUCUUAAGCUGCUGGUUAGAUUGAGAAAUCAGGAAGUUACAGUGUCACAUUAUCUUACUUUUCAGGUCAAAAAUUGUAUUCAGCUGUAACUGCAAUAUUCAGCAUCUCUAUGCCUUAGCGACAUUUUUCUUUUUUCUCUUUUCUCUUUGCCCUGGGAGAAUGUCUGGAAUGAUGUAUCCUGAAAUUUUUUGCAAGUAUGUAUACGUUAUGAAGUA